AAUUGAGUGCAUAGUUCAUGAAUUAAAAUUAAAUUAUGAUAUCCUCCGUUCAGAUGUCCCUGUUGCUGCGUCGUCCCCCAGGUCGUGAGGCCUACCCUGGUGACGUAUUCUACCUCCACUCCCGUCUGCUGGAGAGAGCCGCCAAGAUGUCCGACGCUCACGGAGGAGGUUCCUUGACCGCCCUGCCCGUCAUCGAGACACAGGCCGUGAUGUGUCAGCUUACAUUCCCACCAAUGUCAUUUCCAUCACUGACGGACAGAUCUUCUUGGAAACUGAGUUGUUCUACAAGGGUAUCCGACCAGCUAUCAACGUAGGUUUGAGUGUAUCCAGAGUAGGAUCUGCUGCCCAAACCAAGGCCAUGAAACAGGUGGCCGGUUCCAUGAAACUGGAAUUGGCCCAAUAUCGUGAGGUAGCCGCUUUCGCCCAGUUCGGUUCCGACUUGGACGCUGCCACCCAACAGCUGUUGAAUAGAGGUGUGCGUCUCACUGAGCUACUGAAGCAGGGACAGUAUGUGCCGAUGGCCAUUGAAGAGCAAGUCGCCGUCAUCUACUGCGGUGUCAGGGGACAUCUGGACAAACUGGACCCCUCCAAGAUCACCGUUUUCGAGAAGCAGUUCUCUGAACACAUGAAGGCGAGCCACCAAGACAUCUUGACCAGCAUCGCGAAAGAGGGUAAGAUCACAGAUGACACAGACGCGAAAUUAAAGAAGAUCGUACAAGAAUUCAUCGCCAACUUCUCUGGUUAAGUGAAACGCGUCAGUCAUUACCACAAUUCUUAAUCGAUGUGAGAUUUCCAUUUUGAUUUGCAUACUAGCUACAUUUGUGGCACCACGAACGAUUGCAAGAAUGCUGUGCAUUUUGUUGUUGCAUCGAUUGAGAAUUCAAAAUGAAAUAUUUAAUUAUUAGAUAUAGGAGUAUGUUAUUUGUAAAAUUUAAAUACAUGGUUAACAUGUUAGGAGAAAACGAGGAUUUUACAUCGGUCUUUGGAAACAACUUGUACAGCAUUUGUUUUUAUUAUUUUAUUUGUAACAAAAAUCUAAUUAAUAAAUUUUUUUUGUUAUGAGAAUUCGUCUUUAC